UCUCACUUUUCUUCUCUUUCUUUAUUCCAUCCUACCUAUCUAUCUAUCUAUCUAUCUAUCUGUGUUCUUUCUUUAUUAUGUUCUUUCUUCCCCCCGCCUCUGGCUAUAAACCCGGAUGAAUGACUUCACUUUUCCGCCUGGGUGUUCCUUUAUGGUCUUUGGGAUCUCCCUGCGUUUUUCCACCAGAGCUGCGCGCAUCACCACCAAUCCCUGUCUCUCCCUCUCUCUCUCUCCUUCUCUCUCUCCUUCUCUCUCUCUCUCUCUCUCUCUGUUACCAUAACAGCUCACUGAGUCCGGAGUCGGAGCGAGCGCGCGCUGCUGGAGUUUACACUCAACCCGAACCCGAACCCGAACCUGAACCUGUUCCCGUUUUCCAGUUUUGAACAUCUCUCUCUCUCUCUCUCUCUCACACACACACACACACUUUCUUGUCUUCAGCCAUGUCCGAGGUUUUGCCCUACAGUGAGGGGAAGAUGAACGGCUACGGGCCGGACGACGAGGUCGGACAAAUGUCGUUCAGCUGCCGGCUGCAGGACACCAACUCGUUUUUCGGCGCGUCGCAGUCAAAAAGGCCGCCGAAACUCGGACAGAUCGGACGCGCAAAACACGUGGUCAUUGAAGACGACCGAAUAGACGAGGUGCUGAAAGGCAUGGCGGAUAAACCGUCCCCCGGUGUGUAGAGCCUCCAGACGCAUAAGAACCUUUUUUUGCAUUUAAUCACCGGUUUGAAGCACCGCAUGUAAAGCAGUGAGGAGCGACUGAGAAGCCUCUGAGGAUCAGGAUGCUGAGAGCGGACUGAGGAAGAGAUGAUGAUGAUGAUGAUGAUGAUGAUGGACUGACAGGACAUGACAUGACCGCGGGUGUUGGGUUUUAGGGCUGAAAAAAUAAUAAGCGGAAUUUUCUUUCCAAGCUGCUGGUUUAGCUUAUAAUCCUCCAAACAAAACCCAUCUAGAUAAAUCCACCUCCUUCAUCACAGCGAUGAGAAGAAGACCUGCUCGGGUCCGACUUCAUCCGUCAUCACGAUAUCAGUAUUCAGUAUCGGACAUCGGUAUCGGUUUUAGUGCCACGUUUCAUCGAUGUAGCUGCGUUCACGUGCUGUCGGAGAUCGUAGGAGUAAAUACGGGUCGCGAGCUCACACAUGACGCAACACUCAGUUUUAAUAGUAGAUAGAAAUGAAAUGCAACAGUUGAUGAUAAUUGUGUGCAUGCAAAAAAAAACCUGCAUGACAUUUCAACUGUAGGAUUAUUCAGCGCUAUUUAAUAUUAAUGUGUUAGACUAGAACUGUGCACUCUUAGAAAUAACGGUUCCAACCUGCACUCUUUCCUGUCAGGCAGUUGCUACCUUCCAAGGUACAUGUUGUUCAUCUUUAAUUAAGCUUUAAAGGGACAUCAUUUCUCCUUUAGCUCCAAUGAAACACCUUCAAUUAGUUUUACAACAACAAGAAAAGUACCUUGGCACCUUUCCCUGUCCCACUGCAGCCUGAACAUCAAGUCACAGUUUGUGUUUGCUUGCUAUAGGCUAGCUGGGGUGUUCAUUACGUAACACCCACACACCAUGCUCUGUUGUUGUUUAUUUCCACUUCCGGCUUCCGCGUCAUGCCCUAAUUACACACUUCCGACCCGGAAAUAUAGGAGCGCUUGAACGUAGCAUGAGCUUAUUUUAAAGUUUAACAUCACACACACACACACACACACACACACACAUGGAACAGGCCUGGUCCUGGUGGGUGUGUGUGUCAACCAGAGAAGAAGACAUCUGCAAAUCUGAGUAAAAUAUGCUAAUGAUAUGUUAAUGAUAUGAUAAUGAUAUGGUAAUGAUAUGAUAAUUAUCCCCAUAAACACAGCAGGUUAAGAGCAGAUGAACAUGAAGUUUACAUCCAACGCCAGCAAGGAUCUAAAAGAACACAGAAGUACUAAUAAUCAUUCUGAUUUUUUUAAAGGACAAGGAGGAUAUCUAGUUUAUUUCCUUUCAUCUUUUUUUUAAUGUUUGGCGUCGUGUAUAUAUGAAAAUCUCUUGGUGAUUGAGUUUGCAUGAACUUUGUGCCAAUGCGGGUGUCUCUAAAACCCCUUCUUUUUACUGAAGUUAAUAUUUGUAUUUAAUAUUUUUUAUAAAUAAAUAUUUGUUACUUAAUAUGGUAUGCUAGUGAGCAUUCAGAGGAAUAAUAAUAAUAAUAAUAAUAAUAAUAAUAAUAAUAAUGGAAUGUUUCGGAUUUUUGAAUACAUCAGCAUAUUAUUAUUGCUUGUCAUUCCAAAACUGAAAAUAUUUUUACUCCAUUUCAUUUUUCCAUCAAGUCAUCUAACACAGUGUUAUUCACUUUUAUUUUAAAAUAUCUACUUAUUUAUUUAUUUAUUUAUUUUAUUUUAUACUAUUCUGUAUGGUUUGUUGUGCAUGAAAUCUUGAUAUUUUCCAAAUGAAUGAACAUUUUUAUAAAGCGAAAAAAAAGUUUCGUCUCAGCAUUUAUGGAGAAUGAACCAUUGUGUACUCUGAUGCCAUUUCACUGUACUUGCUGAGUUAAUAAAUAGAGACAGAAGUUGUCAA